GGUCCACAUUAAAACUUUUGGGCAACACACAAUAUACACAAACAUUUGAAAGAUAAAAAAAAAUUUAAUCUAAUUAUUAUUACAACAGUAUAUCACACUGUUAUAAUGUAUAUUUCAAACCUUUGAAUUCAAUAUGUUUAUCAUAUGAGAUCAAUUAAAACAUUAUUAAUAUAAUUAUAAUAUGAAUAGUGUCAUCUUUUUAACACAGUAUUAUUUUCAGAACUGAUGAUCUCCCCCUGUUUCUUAUCUGCUAUGGUCCAAUCUGAAACAACAAAUUAUAACAUUAUUAACAGCCACAACAUUAAAGUAUUUCUCUCUCUUGUCUUUUUAAGAUAUGCUUGUUCGCGUUACAUGUUGACGCCGUACAGAGUCUCUGAUACACUGGUGAAAACCAGAUUCAACAGAGCCCACUGCCGUUCGAGUGUUGUUAUAGAAAGAACAUUUGGUAGAUGGAAGAGAAGAUUCUCCGUCAUGUGCAAGAAGACGGGAAGUUCAAUGCCAGCUGUGACGGGUGGAUCAAGCAUACCAUAGUACAACAAAGUGGCAAAACCAAUGAAACUGACAUGCACACAGACAUUCAAAAUGAACCAGAAGUCAUUCUUGACCAGGAAGAAAGGCUCGAAUCAAGGUCGUCAUUCAUAGAAAAUGAAUUUGUUGCAGCCAUUUACAACGAUUACUGGUACAUCGGCAAAGUAGUAAAAUACGAUCCUUCAGAUGAUGAACUUCCCUUACAAGUUUCCUAUAUGGAACACGGGAAGGGCAAAUUAUGUCCAACGUUCAAAUGGCCUAACAAAGAUGACUCAAUUUGGAUGAGUUCUGAUGACAUUCUUUGUUCUGUUGGUGAACCAAUGCCUUUUGGUUCUAGGAAAAUGUACAAAGUAGCGGAGUCUGACAUUAAUACAGCGAUGCAGUUAUUUGACCAGUUUCAUAAACGAAAAUAGAUAUCUAUAAACACAGGCAACCAUUUCGAAUAUAGAAUACUGUUUGAAGAGCAUUUUAUGAGAAUUUAGUUCAGUUUACUCAUAGUGUGAAUUACGUUACCAAGAAACAAAUUUGUAUAUCUUGCUGACAUUAGUUGCAAUUGACUGUUUGAAUAUUGAACGUGUGUUUGAAUUACUAUACUACUAUGAUUAUCUUAAAAUAACAAAUUAAAAUAUUAUAAAUUGGGAUUUUAAAAAGUUGUUUAAUACAUAACUUAGUGUUACUUUUAUAAUAUAACAAAUGUGAUCACGACUAUACCCACAUGUACAGAAAAGUGCAAUCAUAACACGUUUUUCUAAAACACGUUUAUGCUACAUGAUGGUUAAAAAUAUAAAACAUAUUAAUUAUGACGCUAUUUGAAGUAUAUGCCUUAGAUGUAUUGAUAUUCUGAAAUUCAUUUCAUUUGUGAAUUACGUUACCGGCAAAAAGCGUUUUGUGUUUGUAAAUUAGCAAAGCUUUAAUGACUUGUUUGUCCACAUUCAUGUAUUUUAUGUAAAGUUAUGACUCAUUGAUCUAUUAGAUAGUUUCUUUUAACUUGAUAUUAAAGAUUGUGUCAUUACUUAAAUAUGAAACAAUGCAGGUUUUAUUUCCUUACAUUUUGGCUUGAAAAUUGAAAAACGACCUAUUUUCCAUAUGCGUUUCAUUAUGUCUGUUCAAAAAUGUUAUAUAAUGUUCACUGUUUUCUCAGUGUUUGUUGUUUAAUAAAACUCAAUGUUAUAAAUAUGUGUUUUUGAUGAUACAACUAUUUGUAAAACCUAAAUUACAAUUGAUUAGACCCUAAACGUAACGUAAAUCACGAGACAAAAUCAGUAGGUACUUUCGAGAAAUUAUAAAAUUAUGAAAACUUGGUUUUCUUUUACCAAUGUUGUUGUUAA